UAACAAUGAGUUAAAUUUAUUUUGUCAGGAAAUUUGAAGGCGAAUGGCUAACUCAUACUAAUAUUUUAGAUGAGAAUUCCGGAAUGAAUUUUACUUAUUAAAAUAUGAAGAACAAUUUUCUGCAUUAUGACUGAUGGAGAUGAAAGCCUUAAUUUGAUUCUCCAUGACAAUAACAAGGAGAUUCCAAAGACUUCAUUUGAAAAGAAGAAAGUUGGUAAAGAUGGAUUGGUACUUCAUGUCCACCAUUCAUUGCCUGGACCGAAAGGAAAAGUUUCUAAACACCAUUUCACCUCAGCGUCCUUUGAUUUGGCAGGAGAACGACUAGCAGUGUCUGACUCUAUGGGGAACACCUUCAUUAUAGAUUUAUUGUAUAAUAAAUUUUGGAUGCUUCCUAAAUUGCCAGCAAGUAACUUCAUUGUCUUUUCAAAGUACAACCUAAAGAGACAAGAGAUCCUGGUUGGAAGUGUGUCUGGUCCUUUGCUUUUUGUCAAUGUUGAGAGUGGAGAGACAACUGGAGAGCUUGUGGGUCACAGAGAGCCUGCCUUGCAUGUGUCAUUCUGUGACUUGGAGCCCUACUGUCUCACUGUGUGUGUUGUAGAGAGUGGAGAGACAACUGGAGAGCUUGUGGGUCACAGAGAGCCUGCCUUGCAUGUGUCAUUCUGUGACUUGGAGCCCUACUGUCUCACUGUGUGUGUUGUAGAGAGCGGAGAGACAACUGGAGAGCUUGUGGGUCACAGAGAGCCUGCCUUGCAUGUGUCAUUCUGUGACUUGGAGCCCUACUGUCUCACUGUGUGUGUUAUAGAGAGUGGAGAGACAACUGGAGAGCUUGUGGGUCACAGAGAGCCUGCCUUGCAUGUUUCAUUCUGUGACUUGGAGCCCUACUGUCUCACUGUGUGUGUUGUAGAGAGCGGAGAGACAACUGGAGAGCUUGUGGGUCACAGAGAGCCUGCCUUGCAUGUGUCAUUCUGUGACUUGGAGCCCUACUGUCUCACUGUGUGUGUUGUAGAGAGCGGAGAGACAACUGGAGAGCUUGUGGGUCACAGAGAGCCUGCCUUGCAUGUGUCAUUCUGUGACUUGGAGCCCUACUGUCUCACUGUGUGUGUUAUAGAGAGCGGAGAGACAACUGGAGAGCUUGUGGGUCACAGAGAGCCUGCCUUGCAUGUGUCAUUCUGUGACUUGGAGCCCUACUGUCUCACUGUGUGUGUUAUAGAGAGCGGAGAGACAACUGGAGAGCUUGUGGAGAGUGGAGAGACAACUGGAGAGCUUGUGGGUCACAGAGAGCCUGCCUUGCAUGUGUCAUUCUGUGACUUGGAGCCCUACUGUCUCACUGUGUGUGUUAUAGAGAGUGGAGAGACAACUGGAGAGCUUGUGGGUCACAGAGAGCCUGCCUUGCAUGUGUCAUUCUGUGACUUGGAGCCCUACUGUCUCACUGUGUGUUCUACCUCAGCUAUCAUAUGGGACCUGAGGACCAACUGUUUAGUACAUCAGCUUACUCUGAGGUCAUCCAUCUGCAUAAAACUGGUAAGGUUCAUGCCAGUAUCCAACCACAUUCUGGGGCUGUUUGAUGACAGUUCAGUGCAUGUAUGGAGACUUGACAGUCUCGUCUGUACCAAGCAGAUGUUCCCCGAGGAUUGGGGCGGACGUAACAUCAGAGCUGUGGCAUUUACCAGGAAUGGUAGAGGGAUGGUUUUGGCAGGACAGUCCGCAGCCCUAGCUGUGUUUGUGGUGGAUAACUGGACCUUACAAAAACUUAUCACCCUUCCUGACAACUUCAAGGCAGUCAAACAUUUAGAGUUUGUUCCACAAUUGUUUGACGGAGGUGCAAACAAGAUACUUGCAGUCCUCACUACCAACUGUGUUGCUUUGUUUGUGGACACAGAAAGUUCAAUUUUGCUGAGAAGUGUUGAACAAGUUGAAGGGUGUGUCAACCGGCUCGAGUCAAGCCUCAGCGGGAAGUAUGUUGUGUUACUGAUGCAGACAGGUGAAGUAGAUAUAUUCAGCAGUAGUCAGUUGAUUUUUGGUGGGAAACAUCAGCUGUUAGUAUCAGAAGCUCAGACUGACUCAGUGGCCAAGACUAGAACUAAACAGCAGCAUCAUGAACAGAUUAACAAGUUGGUAGACCUAAGUCAGUUGCGACCCAUACUGAAAGAAUUUGGAGAAUAUCCAGAAGCCUACAGGAAAUUAAUCUGGAAAACUAUUUUGGAACUUCCAGAAAACCAAAGUGCCUAUGUAACUUUGAUAAACAAGGGAAUACAUCCAGCAUUCGCUACUUUAGACAAAGUUUUCCCAUUGAGUGACAGAUCCCUUUCCAGCAGUGUGAAAAGACUUCUGUCAUGCCUGGCCUACUGGUCGCCAAUAUUUCUACAAGUCAAGCAUCUACCUAUAUUUGUUCUGCCUUUUGUAAAACUCAUCAGACAUGAUCAGUUUGCUUGUUUUGAGACCGUUGCUUCGGUAAUAGUAAACUGGUGCCAAGGGUGGUUCCAGUUUGUGCCAUACCCCCCACUCCAUCUGCUGGACACUGUGAAGGCUCUAUUGGCAUCAGCUGACAACCAACUGAUGGCUCACUUCAACAGGUGCCAUGUAACAGCUGACCUGUACGUCUGGUCAUUGUUGGAGACUGCGUUUUAUGAGGUUUUAGGUUGGAAAGAGUGGCAACAGUUAUGGGAUCAUGUGCUUUCAAAUCAUCCAGCUCUCUUACUCUUCUUUGUUGUGGCUUUCAACAUUACUUGCCGAUCAUCCCUUAUGAACCUACACGACAUUGAAGACUUUGAGCACUUUUACCACACAGAAGUGAUGAUUAAUAUGAAUCAGCUGAUCUCCAAAUGUUAUCAGCUGUGGACUGACACUAGAGCUGAUAAACAUCCUAAACACCAAUUGACAUCCUACAAGCCUCUGCUCAGUGGAAAUAUGUACCAGAUAUUUACUGAUUACCCAAAACACCUCUUAGACAACCAGCUGGAAAAGCUUAGUUCUUUCUACGACGAGCAAGAGUUCUUGAAGAGCCAAGAGAAUAACAUUAACAAUCAGAAAGUGGGUCUUGACGCUGAGCAAAAGCAGUUGAAUGAGGCUUCAGUUAAGGAAAAUAGAUUGAAAGAGCUUGAGCAAAUCUACAGACAUGCUUUGAAAAGAGAAGAAAACCUCUUAGAAGAACAAAGACAGAGCCUGCUGGCAGCUCGUAGAGAACUGAGAGGCAAAGAGGCUGUUGUCAGAUCACAAUCAAUGGACAAAACUCUGCAAGAGAAGGCAGAUAAGUACGCUCAGUUGGAGAAACUCAUGGAUCAACUUGAAAACAAGAAAGGAACGUCAGACUUCCAGUCGUGUGGUAGUUGGAGUUCUUCACAUCAGUCGUCAAAUCCAUCUGCUCUACGGUUACAACAUGCAUCAGCUGUUUAUCAUCUUUCUAAGCUGAAAAAGUUGCAUCAACAAACAAAAAUGAGACAUCCAGAGUUAAAAAUGUGUAGCGGCAAGUUUGAAGAUUUACUUCGGAGGAUAGAGAUUGCACUGGACGAAGAAAAAAUAUCCAAACAUUUGAGGCCUUGUCACACUGAUCAAUUUAUCAAUUUGGAGGAAGAAACGCAGGCAUUGGAAGAUGAAGCGCAGCGUCUGUUGAGGAAACUCUCUACAAAAAAUCACAAGACACAUUGUUUACAGUGUUCUGAUCCAUCAACCUGUGGUUCUAAAAUUGGACAGAGCUCGUGCUACUGUUGUGGAGACACUAAAAGGAAAUAGUUUGCAAUAUGGUUUCUGAUAUGAUAAAUUUAUGUAGUAU